GAAGAAAACUGAGUUCUAUCCUUAACAAUGGCUAAAUCAGAGCUCAUCGACUCUCAUGUCUCUGUCAAACAGUGCAAACUAGCAAUAGAUGCUCUCCAUACACAUGCAUUGAAGAAGCAAAAGGAAAAGGAGGAAACAGAGCUGUUAACCGGGAAAGAGCAAAACAUAUGGCUUCAGGUCGCAGUCAAGAAAAUGCAUCCAGAGAAAAAGAUCAAGCCAAUAAGAGUUCCAAUCAAGCACCCGCUGGUUGAUCCUCGCACGUCUGGUGUGUGUCUUAUCACAAAAGACCCACAAAGACUAUACAAAGACCUCCUGGAAGCUCAUGGCAUCAAGUUUAUCUCGAGAGUCGUUGGUAUUACAAAACUCAAGGGGAAAUUCAAACCAUUUGAGGCACGACGGAUGCUACUCAAGGAGAAUGGGUUGUUCUUGGCCGACGAGCGGGUCAUUCCUCUUUUACCAGGCUUGUUGGGUCGCAAGUGGUUUGACGCUAAAAAACAACCGAUACCUGUCUGCCUGACGCGAAAAGACCUUAAGGCUGAGCUGGAACGUGCCAUAGAGUCUACAUACAUGCACCAAAAUCAGGGGACUUGCACGUCGGUCAAAAUCGGUAUAUUAUCCCAUACUCCUGCACAAAUUCUGUCCAACCUUAAAAUGGCCCUGCCGACUAUCGCAAAAUACAUUAAGGGUGGCUGGGAAAAUAUUCAAAGCUUACAAUUAAAGAGCAAUUUUAGUGCCAGCUUACCGAUUUGGACGUGCGACUUGGGCGAGGACGAGGGAGGACGUUGGGAUGGUCUUACAGCCCAGAGUGAUCAGGAGAAUUCCGAUUCGUCUGAAGAAGAAGAAGAAAAUAAUGGUAAAACGGACAUCAAGGAGAAACAGGUAUCCCAAGAGCCUGAAAAAGCUGCCCCAGCCAAAAGGACCAAACGGCCUUUGGAUGACGCAGCCGAGAAACCAAAGAAAAAGGCGAAGGCCGUCGUCUCCGCGGAGCCCAUACCCACCACCCCUGCUCUGCCCGCCCCCUCUCCAUCGCCAAAAGCUACUAAGACUCCUUCGAAAAAGUCCAAACCUGAGCCGGUUGCUGUGUCUGUUAGUCAGGCAGAGCUGAAACAAAAGCGGAGCUCGGAAAGUGGCGAAAAGAAAAAGGCGAAAGUAUUGAAGGGUAAAGGAAGCAAGAGCGCCAAAGAAAAGAUCCUAGGGAAAAAAUCAAGUCAGGCAUAAGAAGGCGGCCGCAUAAUUUACGGUAGUUCAGCCUCGCUUUCAUGCUACAUUUGUAGUCAUCUUCGGUACUUGUCGUUGCCUUUGCCUUUGCUUAUGCAUUCUACACUUGCGAUCACUUCUCCUUCGGCUGCCGCUUUUUUUGAGUUAUACUUAAAAACUCAAUAGUAAGGUUACCGGUUCCUUCCUUCCCAAGAAUUCGGGGCAUGAGACUGUUGCUUCACAAAAUUUAUUCAAUCGGAGUUGUGUUAUCUUGUUUCUUGUAUGAUUGGACUGCACGAUCUUAUUGCACGGAUACAUGUGUAACUAGAACAAAUGAGAGCAGUGAAUACUACCUGCUUUUUUUAGAAACCC